GUGGGACUAACCGACCGACGGACGCACGCCCGGACCUAGGCGCGGGCGCUGCAGAGGCCCCCAGCCCGAGCCCGCGCCUGAGCCCGCCCCGCCCGCCCGCCGGUCUCCCCGUGGAGCUGCCAAGAUGGGGGACAAGAAAGAUGACAAGGGCUCACCCAAAAAGAGCAAGGGCAAGGAGCGCCGGGACCUGGAUGACCUCAAGAAAGAGGUGGCUAUGACAGAGCACAAGAUGUCAGUGGAAGAGGUCUGCCGGAAGUACAACACGGACUGUGUGCAGGGUCUUACACACAGCAAAGCCCAGGAGAUCCUGGCCCGGGAUGGGCCUAAUGCGCUCACACCACCGCCUACCACCCCAGAGUGGGUCAAGUUCUGUCGUCAGCUCUUUGGGGGCUUCUCCAUCCUGCUGUGGAUUGGAGCUAUCCUCUGCUUCCUGGCCUACGGCAUCCAGGCAGGCACUGAGGACGACCCCUCUCGUGACAACCUGUACCUGGGCAUUGUGCUGGCGGCUGUAGUGAUCAUCACUGGCUGCUUCUCCUACUACCAGGAGGCCAAGAGCUCCAAGAUCAUGGAGUCCUUCAAAAACAUGGUGCCCCAGCAAGCCCUGGUGAUCCGAGAAGGCGAGAAGAUGCAGGUGAAUGCAGAGGAGGUGGUGGUCGGGGACCUGGUGGAGAUCAAGGGUGGAGACAGAGUCCCGGCCGACCUGCGUAUUAUCUCAGCCCAUGGAUGCAAGGUGGACAACUCCUCCCUGACCGGUGAAUCUGAGCCCCAGACUCGCUCUCCCGACUGCACACAUGACAACCCGUUGGAGACUCGGAAUAUCACCUUCUUUUCUACCAACUGCGUGGAAGGUACGGCUCGGGGCGUGGUGGUGGCCACGGGUGACCGCACUGUCAUGGGCCGCAUUGCCACCCUGGCUUCAGGGCUAGAGGUGGGCAAGACACCCAUCGCCAUUGAGAUCGAGCACUUCAUCCAGCUCAUCACCGGCGUGGCUGUCUUUCUGGGCGUCUCCUUCUUCAUCCUCUCCCUCAUUCUCGGAUAUACCUGGCUUGAGGCUGUCAUCUUCCUCAUUGGUAUCAUCGUGGCCAAUGUCCCAGAGGGCCUGCUGGCCACUGUCACAGUGUGUCUGACGCUGACUGCCAAGCGCAUGGCUCGGAAGAACUGCCUGGUGAAGAACCUGGAGGCUGUGGAGACCCUGGGCUCCACAUCCACCAUCUGCUCGGACAAGACGGGGACCCUCACCCAGAACCGCAUGACAGUUGCCCACAUGUGGUUUGACAACCAGAUCCAUGAGGCUGACACCACUGAGGAUCAGUCAGGGACCUCAUUCGACAAGAGCUCGCACACCUGGGUGGCCCUGUCCCACAUUGCUGGACUCUGCAAUCGUGCUGUCUUCAAGGGCGGCCAGGACAACAUCCCUGUGCUCAAGAGGGAUGUGGCUGGGGAUGCCUCUGAGUCUGCCCUGCUCAAGUGUAUCGAGUUGUCCUCUGGCUCCGUGAAGCUGAUGCGCGAACGCAACAAGAAAGUAGCUGAGAUUCCCUUCAACUCCACCAAUAAAUACCAGCUCUCCAUCCAUGAGACUGAGGACCCCAAUGACAACCGAUACCUGCUGGUGAUGAAGGGUGCUCCUGAGCGUAUCCUGGACCGCUGCUCCACCAUCCUGCUGCAGGGCAAGGAGCAGCCGCUGGACGAGGAGAUGAAGGAGGCCUUCCAGAACGCCUACCUAGAGCUUGGUGGCCUGGGAGAGCGUGUGCUUGGUUUCUGCCAUUACUACCUGCCCGAGGAGCAGUUCCCCAAGGGCUUUGCCUUCGACUGCGACGAUGUGAACUUCACCACGGAGAAUCUCUGCUUUGUGGGCCUCAUGUCCAUGAUCGACCCUCCCCGGGCGGCCGUCCCUGAUGCGGUGGGCAAGUGCCGCAGUGCAGGCAUCAAGGUCAUCAUGGUCACAGGCGAUCACCCCAUCACGGCAAAGGCCAUUGCCAAGGGUGUGGGCAUCAUCUCCGAGGGCAAUGAGACUGUGGAGGACAUCGCCGCUCGGCUCAACAUUCCCGUCAGCCAGGUCAACCCCAGGGAUGCCAAGGCCUGUGUGAUCCAUGGCACUGACCUCAAGGACUUCACCUCCGAGCAGAUUGAUGAGAUCCUGCACAAUCACACCGAGAUCGUCUUCGCCCGCACAUCCCCGCAGCAGAAGCUCAUCAUCGUGGAGGGCUGUCAGAGGCAGGGAGCUAUUGUGGCUGUGACUGGGGAUGGUGUGAAUGACUCUCCCGCUCUGAAGAAGGCUGACAUUGGUGUGGCCAUGGGCAUAGCUGGCUCUGACGUCUCCAAGCAGGCAGCGGACAUGAUUCUGUUGGAUGACAACUUUGCCUCCAUCGUCACGGGUGUUGAGGAGGGCCGCCUGAUCUUUGACAAUCUGAAGAAGUCCAUCGCCUACACCCUGACCAGCAACAUCCCUGAAAUCACACCCUUCUUGCUGUUCAUCAUGGCCAACAUCCCGCUGCCCCUGGGCACCAUCACCAUCCUCUGUAUUGAUCUAGGCACUGACAUGGUCCCCGCCAUCUCGUUGGCCUAUGAGGCUGCUGAGAGCGAUAUCAUGAAGCGACAGCCCAGGAACCCGCGGACAGACAAACUGGUCAAUGAGAGGCUCAUCAGCAUGGCGUACGGGCAGAUCGGAAUGAUCCAGGCUCUGGGUGGCUUCUUCUCCUACUUUGUGAUCCUGGCAGAAAAUGGCUUCUUGCCUAGCAACCUGGUGGGCAUCCGGCUGAAUUGGGACGACCGCACCGUCAAUGACCUGGAGGACAGUUAUGGGCAGCAGUGGACAUACGAGCAGAGGAAGGUGGUGGAGUUCACUUGCCACACGGCCUUCUUCGUGAGCAUCGUGGUUGUCCAGUGGGCCGACCUGAUCAUCUGCAAGACCCGGAGGAACUCGGUCUUCCAGCAGGGCAUGAAGAACAAGAUCCUGAUCUUUGGGUUGUUUGAGGAGACGGCCCUUGCUGCCUUCCUGUCCUACUGCCCCGGCAUGGACGUGGCCCUCCGCAUGUACCCUCUCAAGCCCAGCUGGUGGUUCUGUGCCUUCCCCUACAGUUUCCUCAUCUUCGUGUACGACGAAAUCCGCAAACUCAUCCUGCGCAGGAACCCCGGGGGUUGGGUGGAGAAAGAAACCUACUACUGA